UAAAAUCUUCAAAUAAACAAAAAAAAAAGAUGAAAUAAAAAAAAAAUAACGGUAGGAGAUCUGAGAGGAGCGAGAACAAACCGCGACACAUCGCCCUCCUUUCUUUGUCCUCCUCCGAUCUCACCGCUCCCGGAAAAUUAGAAACCCAAACAAAUCUCUUAAAAUUCAAAUCAAUUCGGAAAUUUACUUAGCCGUUGUAAAAUUCAAAUCAAUUGAUCUUAACAGAACAGUUUAGGUUUGGGAUUCUGAAUUUUUUUAAUUGUUUGUAAUUAGAUUGAAUUGAAUUAAUUCGGUUUUGGUGGAUGGUUUGAUUGGAUUUUGGAUUGGGGAAACGGUUCAAUGGCGUCGGCUCAGGUGUUGCCGAGCUCACGAAAACAGGAGCAUCUUGAAGCCGGAAAACGACGGCUGGAGGAGUUUCGCAAGAAAAAGGCCGCAGAACGAGCCAAAAAAGCUCCCGCCUCGAGCCCAACAGUGGCAUCUGAUGUUAUAGUUGAUAACAAGAAACCUUUAGAGACUGAAAGUGUCAGGCUUACAAAUAUAGAUGGAGCUGGAACAUCUGAUCGGCCUGGAAGCAUUGAUGCAACUAUCAGUAAUGACAACAACACAAUUAGUACCACGUCAAAAGUUGAGCAAGGUUUAUUUAUACAUGCAGAUACCAGGCCUCCAUCAACUAGUCAUGCCAAGACAUCUUUGCAAGAUACAUUGCACACACAUGAAAAUAAUUAUGACUUUAUAAGUUCUGGUGCUUCGGGAUUUGCAGGAGCAGCCGAUGUCAAAUAUAGUCCUGGGACUGAUGAAUUAAAUAAUGGCUUCAACACAUAUGAUGGAAGCCAUGGUAGAGUGCCAGACAGUAGCUUGUCACACAAUUUUAUUGCUCCAGGAUCACAAGAAAGUCAUGUUUAUUCUAGCAGUUUUAGUCAAUCUAACCCAUUCCAGUCAACAGAAAACAAUAGGUUUAUAAAGGAUUCCACAUCUUCCUCACCUUAUGGCUCGGCUUUUCAACCGCAAAAUGAGAUCAAUUAUGCCGGCACAUUGGCCACUGACUUUACUCAAAGUAAUAACAACUUGAGAGGGUCUGGUCGUGAAACUGAGCAAGGUUUACAUGGGGGAAUGCACUUCAAUGGUUCGUUAAGUUCAGAUUUUGGGGGAAAUACUUUUAGUAGCUCACCUGGUGGUUUUCCUAGUGCAUAUGGUAAAGACACACAAACAUCUGAAUCAUUUGGUUCUGAUUCAGAUACGAGGAGCUCCUUGAAUCAUACUCAACUAUUUUCUGGAACAUCUGAACCUAAUUCUAGGAGAUCUCGUCCAUCCUUCCUUGAUACGCUUAAUGUGAAUAGAGCUUCGUCGGGGACUUCAUUCCAACCAACUGAGCAAAGGAGGGAGUCAUUUUUGUCCAGUGCCCUAAAAUCAGAUGGCAUUGGUGGUCUAGGAUCAUCUACCUUUCAGAAGCCACCAGUGGAGACUCAAACUGUAGGACAGCAUCCAGUUACGUUUUCCGUCGCUUCUAGUAACGGGGUAGAUCCAGUGAUGUCAGCCGAAAAUAGUUGGAAGAGAGAGCAUGAAUUAUUUUCAUCUAAACAAAAUGAAGAUUUUUCUACAUUGGAACAGCAUAUCGAAGACUUGACACAAGAAAAAUUUUCUUUGCAACGAGCUCUUGAAGCUUCUCGCGCAUUGGCAGAGUCCCUCGCUGCUGAAAAUUCAUCACUAACAGAUAAUUAUAAUCAACAGAGAAAUAAUGUCAACCAAUUGAAAUCUGACAUGGAGAAUUUGCAAGAAGAAAUCAAGGUCCAUUUGCAGGCGGAACUUGAGUCUGUCCAAAUGGAAUAUGGAAAUGCAAAACUUGAGUGUAAUGCUGCUGAUGAGCGAGCUAAAAUAUUGGCUUCUGAGGUCAUUGGCUUGGAAGAGAAGGCACUCAGAUUAAGGUCUAAUGAAUUAAAGCUGGAGAGGCAAUUGGAGAAUUCACAUGCUGAAAUCGCUUCAUCCAAAAAGAAGAUGUCCAGCCUAGAGAGAGAGCGUCAGGACUUGCAAUUAACAAUUGAUGCUCUUAAAGAAGAGAAGAAAUUAUUGCAAUCCAAGCUACGAAAAGCUUCAGCUAGUGGAAAGUCUAUUGAUAUUAGCCAGAGUGCCAGCAGUAAGAAAGAUAUGUCUACAUCAACAGAAGAUUUAGAUGUGAUUCCUGACCAUUCCAACCAGGAGAUCCGUGAUACUGCAUCUCUUAUGGAAAGUGAUACUCCCAGUUUUCCUGUUCUGCCUGGAAAUGGUCAGUCAAUUCUUGUAGAUUCAUCUGUUAACAUUCCUCCAGACCAGAUGAGAAUGAUUGAGAAUAUCAACACGUUAAUUUCUGAGUUAGCAUUGGAGAAGGAAGAAUUGGUUCAAUCUCUAGCAUCUGAGUCAUCUGAACGUUCCAGGUUGAAGGUUUUAAAUGACGAGAUGUCGCGUAAACUUGAGGCUCAAACUCAAAGAUUAGAGCUUUUGACUGCUCAAAGCAUGGCAAAUGAGAAUAUCCAAGCAAGAUUACCUGAUUCUCGUACCAUGCAUGAGACUACUACAUAUGCAGAUGAAGGUGAUGAGGUGGUGGAAAGGGUUUUGGGAUGGAUAAUGAAGCUCUUUCCCGGAGGACCAUCAAAACGAAGAACGAGUAAACUUCUUUGAUACAUGCAGUCAACAGAAACGCUUGUUACUAUGUAGUUUCAUCGUCACACACCCGUUGUUUUGGCAAUGUGAGAGAAGAGGCCUUAAUAUGUAUAUUUCGAGCUUAGUUAUACCAUCUAUUAUUUUAUUUUUUGUUGGUAACACAAGAAAUAGAAAAAUAGUGUGUUUCCAGUAAGCCUUCCCAUUGAUUUGGGAAAUUAAUUUGUCAUUGUUUUUAUGAAUGACAAGAAGAAAGUCCCUUAGUUGCUGUAAUGGUUUUGUGUUAAAGAAAUUAAAUGGGACAUUUGUUUUGCUAUGGAAGGGAUUGAAACUAAUGAAUACACAAAUUACAGACUUCAA